CUUUAAAUUCCAACCACCAUGAGCGAUACACUCAGUAAGUUUAUUGUUCAUUCACCUCAUGCUUCCACCUCCUCCCAGUCACAACUUCUCCUCAUUACCGCUCGAAAUUUAUCCAGGUCCCCAUUCCGUGCCCAGGAAUCGGCCUCCUCACACCCCGGAUCGCCGCGAUGGCUCGGAACUUGCUAGCUUCUCAAAUACUCCUUACAGCAAGGGAACAGCAUCUCAUUACGAAGAAAAGUACUAUACCCAUGAGGAUAUCGACAAGAUUCUUUGUUAUGAUAUUGCGAAUGACAAAGGAGUUGACUUGACCCUUUUCAUGUCGACAGUCCUCCACAUAUCCAAUUCGCCUCCAUCUACCGACGUCGAAGUCAUUGACGAAAUCGUCAACUCUCCCGAGUUUAUCAGGCUUCUUGAAGACUACAGCAAGCCUGUCGAUCGCGAGCAAGUCAAGUACCCAAAAUUCACAGAACUAUGUAGAUAUGCUAUUGCCCAGAUGGUAGAGAAGAAGACCACGAAGAAUGAACUGGGUUUUACGUUGUGUGUCAACGACCCUGAGUAUCUUCGCGGGUCGGAGGGCGACCGAAAGCCAGAUACGGUCGGUACUACAAUUGAGGCAAUCACUAUCAGAGUUCGAGAGUGGGAUUACGAGAAUAACGGGGAAAAGAAGAAGCAAAACGGGAAAGAGGUGAAAUCACAGUGGGCUGCAAGGCAAGCUUCGACGCCGACUCUCGAAAACAUCAUCGAGGCGAUCAACUCACCUCCCAAAAUUCCGCUGAUGUGGAGCGACCUCUUCAUGUUCGCCGAGUUCAAGGUUGAGGGGUACGACAAACAGGAUAUAAAGAAAUCUAGCUCUUCCCAACAAGUGUCAGCAUCUGCCCCUACGACCUCUGGUACUCGACGAUCAAAUCGAGCCACCACACUAGGAAGUCCCAACUCACUAAAACCUCCAACUCCCACCCUCCUAGAAGUAAUGGAGCUGGCCGCUCUCACGCUACCUCCCGGGGUGGAAGCACAGCAGGUCCUCUCCCUCUGAGUGGCAGUGGUGUGGGUAUUUCCGCUUCCGGUGCCUCCUCUUGUGCUAGGAGUACUUCAUCCAAACGCCCUCGAGACGAGAAUUCCGCGCGAGGCAUGGGUCGUCAAACAAAACGACAGAAGUUAACUCCCAUGAAUAUCCGUGUGCAGUGUGCCGGAUAUGCCCAACUCAUGUUCAAUCGAGGAGGGAUUCGCACCCAUGUUAUUGGCGUUCUCGUCACCGACAAUGUACUCGAGCUCCUCCUUUAUACGCGCUCGGGGGGCUGCUUCACGACACCUCUCAAUUUUGCCCACAAUCCUAGUCUUUUUCUACGGAUCUUGCUUGCAUUCUCAAGAUUGACCCGGUCACAGUGGGGUUUCUUUGAUGAACUUAUCCCUUGCACAUGGUCUCUCCCUCAAUACCCGGUCCUUCAUGGGAAAACCGAUCCGUGGAUGUUUAAGGGAAAGACGCUUGAGGUUGGAGAACACAAGUUCAAGGUAUCAGAUAUCCGCGUCUUUCCCCGUGGUUUGAUUGGUCGCGGGACAUGGACGAUUGGGUUAAUGGACAAAAGCAAGGAGUUGCUCGGUAAAGCAAGAGCUCGAAAGUUGAUCCUGAAGAUUUCGAGCGCUCCGACGACUCGACAAGCCGAGAGUUUCUUCAUCGAGAACGCGAGGACAGUGGUGGAGGCUCACGUUGAGGAUCAAUGGGCUCUGCGCCACCUUCCGGCUAUACUCGAUUCGGGAGAGUUUGAAGGUGCUGUGUCGUUUGAACAUCUCUUUGGAGAAGAUUAUGAAAAGAGGACCCUUCGAUACUUGGUUGUGGAAGAAUUAUUUCCGAUUACACACCUCACCGACCCUGAAGAGUUGAGACUGGCAUUCAAAGACAUUGUCAAGUGUCAUCGAUGGCUGGUCACUGUUCCGGGGAUCAUGCAUCGUGAUAUCAGCGUUAACAACUUAAUGUAUCGCGUGGAUGGCGACAGGAAGUUCGGCGUCCUCAACGACUUCGAUUUAGCGUGUACUUUGGAAGAAAAUCGCCGGGCUACAUCUAAACAACGAACAGGCACCAAGCCUUUCAUCGCAAUAGAUCUUUUGGCACUUGUCAAGAGAACUGAAGGAAUGGCGAAGCACUUUGUCCGCCACGACCUCGAAUCUCUUGUCUAUGUCUUCGCAUGGAUCGUUUGCCGCUAUGAGAAUGGACAGGAGAUCAAAGAACCACCGCUUGAAGAGUGGUGUAAGGGCGACUGGCCUCGUGUAACCACGACCAAACGUGCUUGGUUCCUGGACACAGAACCCGAUCCUAUCACUCCCCGGUAUAAAUCUCUCCGUCCGAUUCUGAUCAGGCUCAAGUCACAGGUUGGGGAUGGAUUAUAUGCACUCAAGAGGCAUACUGCAAAGAUCGACUUAGAUCCUCAACUUGCCGGAAUUAUCCCAUUCAAACACGAAACGCUAGACGACCAUGUUACAUACGUCACAAUUCUAACUGCUCUCGAUCCUCCACCCCCAUACACAGACGUUAUCGUCCCAUCAUAAUAUUCAACCGUGUUUUCUAUUCUCUUAACUCGAUUGUAGCGUUCACUUUUUACGUUCGCAUACAUCUCUCGUUUCUCUCAAUGCUGCUUCCUGUACCCCUUGCAUCUACAUAUGUACUUAAUAUCACUCUACAUUACUUCCUGACUAGCUACGUCCACAAUAAAGACAUUCGGAACG